UUAACUGCUUUGUCAUUCCAAUUUGUAAGCUUUCCUACUACGCAGGGGUCCUCUCACUCAAGACGACCCAGCACGUUUAUGACUUGCUUGUGCAGUGUAAAGUGUUUCUAAACACAAAUGGAAAUGGUUGGCGUCCUCCUUCAUCCGAUUUCAGUAAAAUGGAACUCACUAUUGAAUACUUAGACUUAUCAUCCAACAUUUCGGAUGAUAACGAAAACGGAAAAACAGCGUGUCUGAACCUCAAUCUAGCCGAUGAGCAUUCAGAGAAUGAAGAAGAUAUGAUUGUAUCUCUACCGAAAUUAGAUCCCGAAGAAAUGGGACAACUCUCCAACAUUUGGUUCCCUUUCAAACGGAAACAUACUUUCAAUCUAAAGUCACAACACUCGGCAUUCAUUUUGAUUAAAUAUUUUGUCUCAGUUUCAAGAUGUUGCCACUCUCAAGGAGUUCCCCAAUUUACAUUUAACCAACGUUUCAAGGAGUGGAUUGCAGAGCAUAUUGAGCCCCAUUUAAACGAUGAAGUCCUUUAUCCUGGAUUAGGGGCAGUACUCAGAAUCUUAGAGACAAUCGAAAAGGAAAACAAGUCAACCAGGUCCUCGAAACAAUCGCAUUCAAUCAAAUCCAGUCGUGACAGUUUAAAGCCCAAAAAGGCAAAUGCACCUACUGCAGAUCCAAAACUUGCAACCCUACCAAAAGCAUCCCAGAUUGCUUCAAAGACUGGUCAAGUCGAAUCAAAGCCAAAGGAAAAACUAAACUUUUUCCAGCAAUUUUUCGACAGAAACCUAGCGGAUGCCGUGGAUAACGAUGAGAAGAACCCGGACUUGAAAGGGGACGAAAAUUUCAAAGUAAAACGCAAAAACUAUAUAAUUGCUGCUGUGGCAGUGUCUGUGAUUCUAAUGGUAUUCGUUUGUAUCGUGGCAAUCAUGACAAAAAACAUUCGCGAAAUUUGCAAGGGUAGAGCCCAACAGAAAAAGUUGAAAAAACGACGUCAAAAAGAGUUAGAACGCGAAGUGGGUGGAUCAACAGGUCCGCUCUCUCUCGGGAAGAAUCGGUAUAGGAAACAACCGAAGCGGUCACAUGAAGAGGAGGGACUUACGACUACUGCUAGCUCCACCGUAUCAAAGGAGUCAAUGACUGACGUCCAACAAUAUCAAUAUGAAUAUGGAAGCAAAUAUGACUGCAGACCAGAGCCGUCCGCCAUGUUUUUUCCAAUGUGCAAGCAACGACCACCCCCAUACAAUCGUCAAAUCUCCCGAGAUUCUAGCCCUCAAACAAAACCAGCCAAACCUACGGUAUCAAAGCAAUCGCGUCGAUCAAAAGCGGGGACUGAACUAUGCCAAAAUUGUGGUCAACAGCUUCCUGGACGUAACCAAGUUGGAGGCCGAGAUUAUGUGAAUUAUUGCUUCUGCAAAAGCAGGGAAAGUUUAGGUGAACCACCUCCAACAAUCGAGCCAACUCGACAACCUUCCCCACCGCCGAUAUUCCAGUCAAAAUCGCCACAAAAACCGCAAUUGACAACUUGUCUACGUUUACCAACACCACCAAAACCAAGAAGACGUUUAUCACCCCGCAUAAAGCCUGUCCAACCGUCUUUAUCUCCGCCCAAGUUUAGUAUUUCCAAAAAGAACAAGCCGGCGAAGGAGACAUCCUUUCGUCUUGGCAGCCCAAAGAAAAGUUCAAUGAAAAAAACCAAAUCUAAGUUAGGGGAAACGAGGGUCGUUUUGAGACAGGAUCUACCGUGUCAAUGUCCUUCGAAUUCCAAGUGUAAGCAUUCACCAGGAAAUUUUGAAAGUAAAUCGUCAACACAUUCCCUGGAAUCAUCUCCUUCAACCGCAGAGCAUACCACUGCAGCAAAACAUCGAGAUUCAUUACAACCAGCAGCUGGUCCUUCGCAGAAUCGGUCAUCUCCACCCCGUAAACACCCUCCAUCGAAAUCUUGUCCUAAUUUUGGGAGAAAGCAUGAAUUUGUGUCCACGAGCUGGGAAACCCUCGAUAGCAAAAGAGAAUGAAUCAAUUCCUUAAAGUAACUGACAACCGUCUAUCCUUAGAUAUGGGUUGCACCAAGUGUUUAACGACUUCUGAUCUUUACUUGUUUUUGUUUUGUAGUUGUUUUUUGAUUUUUAUUUUUUAAUGAAUCUAUGUUGAGAUUUAUU